CAAUCAUCUACUUUCUCUAUUCUGUUAAUUUUGCUUUCCUUUCUUCUCUGCGGUAAAUUCCCCUGAAAAAGCUAACUUCCGAUUACCUAUCUCGUUUUCCGGUGACCUUUUUGAUCCACUAAUUUCAAUGGAGACCCCUUCAUCAAGGAGAAGAGUCACCAGAUCGCAAACACUGGCUGCUGUGAACAACUCGGCUACCAACAGUAACAGUAUUCCGAUCUCAAGGAAGAUUGAAGAUUCUGAGAUGAGUGUUUCAAAAUCAAAAACAAGAAACGCAAAACAUCAGCAAGAUCGUUCUGCACUUAUUGACAUAUCAAACGAUUCACCGAUUGUUGGGCUCGCUAUGGAGACACCGUCAUCGGCUAUAACCAAGCAGAGGAGCAGUAUAGCCAAGAAGACUCCUGGUUCUGGUGAGGCCCUGCUCAGGGGCCAGGUAAAGACUCUGUUGCAAAGGGUUGAAGAAGAAGCUGAACUUUCCAAACUGCCAAUGGAGAGCCGUCCGUUUCUUCAUCUCAAGAACUUAAUCAAUUCCCCGAUGGGUCUUCUUGCCCCCACUCCGGCCAACACACCGCAGAUCAAUGAUCUCUCUGGGGAUGAUUUGGCGAUGGGUACAGCUUCCCCUGUUUCUGAGGAACAACAGAUGAUAAUAUCUCAGGCUGUGAGUGAUAUUUUUGAGGGGAAGAAAGAAGGGACUCUGGAAUCCCAAAAGAGUUUGAUUACUAGGUCUCUGCUGCUGGAUUUCUCUGAGAAAUCAGAUAUCUCUGAUUCAUCGGAAUGUUCGUCGGUGGUGACAACAGGAAACAGUGAAAGCAAAGAGAAGUCAACACCAGAGGAUGAUAAUUCUUCUGUUUGGUCUAUUCAGGUGAAUGCAAGCACCCAUGAUGAAGAUGAUGAAGAAAUAAUUGAAGAAGAAGGAGAGGUAGAAGAUGAUUACUACGAAGAAGAUGCUAAAGAAGAGGAUGAUGGAAGGUGGAUUGAUGAGCUCUGCAAGGGAGUUAGCAAGAUAAGCGUGAAAAGGAAACACACAAGAUUUGUGUACAACAGUGAUGAUGAAAUUGCGGGAGAAGAAGAGUGUGAGGACUUGGCCGGUGAGUCGCCGGAGAUAUUAAGGUUGAAGGGCUUGCCAACACCCAAGGGGAAGCACCUGCGCUUUCCAGUGGAGGAGGAAGAUAGCUAAGACGUUGUGUUGGUGAUGGGAUUUUUGGCGGUCUUUGUUGACAGCCUGUUUUUGUUUCCUUUUAAUGGAAAUGCACAAAAACACCAACAUUGAUUUGUUUGUUUUUAGAGUUUGGUUUAUGUUGACUGAAGAUGGAAAUGGGCACAAAAUAUAGAAGCAUGUGUGGGAUCACGAAUUAAGUGAUUGAAUAAAAUUUUGAUUUGUUC